GAAUCGCUGCUGUCAGGUCUUGGGCCAGGCUCGGCCUCCCAGCAGAGUCUGGAUCGCCUGCGACUGGCCGCGCUACAUUCUCUUGCGCUUGGGCUUCUGGUUUGGUUCGAGGCUUUCCGUCAUCCCGAGCUUCGGGCAGCGGCUUGCGAGGGCCACGAGGCCUCCUCCGCAGCGUUGCUCGCCGAGCGGGCCUCUGCACUGACGAUGGUUGUGGCCUGGCUCUUCGCGGCCCUGACGCGCACUGCGGCUUGGCGAUGCGAGGCCUGUGUUUGGCUUGCACCGCGCGCGGAGGAGGUGCUGUCAGAGUUCAUCGAGAGCGAUCGGGGCUGUCCACUGGCGGGCCGCGCCCUCGACUUGGCAGAGGCGCUCUGCGCAGAGCCCCGUGUGGCAGACGCAUGGCUACACGAGUUGGCCUCGCUGUCGCUCCUGGUGAUGGACGGCUCCUCGCAGGUCCGACCCUCCGAGCGCCUGGGCCCGGCCUCCGAGCUCUCGGAGCUUGGUGAGCUACAGCGUGACGUCCAGAUGGAGCUGCAGCGCUUCAGCGAUGCCACCGAGGCCCGCUUCGAGGAGCUUCUUGCGUCGACGGAGGCGCUCUGUCAGCGCGCUGAGAGCAGCCCUAAGCCUCUAGAUGGCACCGUGAAAGUGCGGCGGAAGACCUCCAAGGGCAACCGGGAGCAGCUGCUGAAGACAAAACUGGACAGUGGUAGGGGCCUGGCGAUUCCAGAGACGUCAGAGUCUCGCGGGAAGCCGAGUGACUCAGGCUCCUCUUCUGAAGCACCGAAUCGUGACCUCGCGGAUGUGGAUCGAAUCCAGGCGGACUUUGCGGCUUCGCGGGGGUCGCUCGCGCAGUUGCUGGAGCAGGCUCUGAAGCAUGAGACGGCGAAGCAAUCGCAGCAACCGCAGGAAGUGGCCCCAGUGCUUGGCCUGAAGCCACCCGCGCUUCCAGAGAUGCGGCCCAGGCCGGAUGACUUGAGGGUGCCUCAAGGAGUUCAAAGAGAAACUCUGCGCCCACAGGCGGAGCUCCAGCCGAAAGAGCCAUCAGGGUCCAGCGUCCGGUCAGAGUCGCAAGGCUCGUCUGUGAGCACGCAGCGGCCGAGCCGGGGGCCGAAGCGCUAUGCCGAGAUGCGGCGCCAGACGCUUGAAGAACGAGCGCGGCGUGCCGAGGUGAGCCCGGAGGCACCAAGCGAGACGCACUGGACUAAAGCCGAGGCUCCCGCUGCGUCGCUGUUGACACCAGCUCCUCCCUCGCCGCCUUGGAAUGUCCAAUCUGUAGCCUCGCCCCUGGCCAACGCUUUGCCGGCUUCAGGGCUGAGCUCCGAGGCUUCUCGCGUUUGA